AUGAAGAAGCUAGUGAGAGCAUACUAUUAGGAAGCCAAAUGGUUCCAUACCAACUACAUACCAACACUAGAAGAGUACAUGUCGCUUCAACUAAUAACGACUGGCUAUGGAUUGUUAGCAACUACAUCACUAGUAGGAAUGGACGAUGUGGUCACAGAACAUGUUCUUAAAUGGUCGGUCGGUGAUUACAAGAUUAUGAAGGCUGCACAAACCAUCUGUAGGCUCAUGGAUGAUGUUUCCUCUCACGAGUUUGAGCAAAAGAGGGGGCAUGUAGUAUCUGCAGUGGAGUUGCUCAUGAAAUACCAUGGCAUCUCGGAGCAGGAAGCUAGGGAGGAACUCUUAAAAAGAGUCAUUGAUGCAUGGAAGGACAUCAAUGAAGAGUUUCUUCAUCCAACCAUAGUCCCAAUGUCAGUUCUCAUGCGAACACUCAAUUUCUCGCGGGUGGUAGAUGUGUUAUAUAGCGAUGGAGAUAAUUACACCCAUUCUAAAACUAAGCUCAAAAAUUAUGUGACAUCGCUCUUCGUCAAUCCCUUGCCAAUGUAA